CCGUUUUCCCAUCAUGCCUUUUCUUUAUCAUGGCGGCUUGCAGGCUUUCAUAACAUAUCACUGAUGUUGACAAAUCGAUUCUAAAGCUUCUUUUUAGCUUAGUAAGGUGAUAUUGAUAUUUGUGUACAUUUUUAACAAUGCCGAAAUAUUACGAAGACAAAGAAGAGGACACCAGAGCUUGUGCCGGCAUCAGAGAGGACUUCAAGGCUUGUCUCCUUCAGCAUGAUUGCGUUGUGAAGGAGGGGAAAAUGCCCAGUGAGUGUCUGAAGGAAGGCCACUGCAAAGCCUUGCAGACGUCAUUCUUUGAGUGCAAGAGGUCAAUGCUGGACACAAGGUCAAGAUUCAGAGGGAGGAAAGGAUACUGAGGAACCAACAAUCCAGCUGAGUGGAUGCUGAAUCUACAGCUGUGAAUACUGGAAAUUAUUUAAAUCAAUGCAUCUGCUUGUGUGAGAACAUCAGCAUCAUAAAAACCCCACUAAAGGAAGUGUGUGAGGAACAGGAGCAAAAGGACUACAAAAUAUGAACGAACAAAUCACACUAAGAGGACUGCAUCCUGCAGAGCUAAUUCUGACUGAAGCUUUGAUUGUUUCACUUCAUUAACAGACAUAUUGUUAUUCUGAAUGAAUGAUUUUGUGGUGUGGAAUGAAAAUCAGUUGAAAUAAACUAUACAAAAAAGU